AUGGCGAAAGCUUCCCAUACAUUGCAAAAAGGUGCUGUCGUCCAGCACACCGCCAAAGCCCAUAACCUGAAAGGUCAACUGCCUGAAGGGAGCAUGGAAUCUUUGGCAACAACCAUUCGUUUCGUCACGCUGAACUGCCGAACACUAUCGAGUGAACUCCAACAAACCACCCUGUCUAGGCUUCUGCGAUAUCUCUGUGCGCCUUUUGCUGCACUGCAGGAAACACACAUGAGAGAUCGGCCCGUCAUCAGCAUCGAAAAUUACACCAUAUACUGCGGCGAUGCUGAUGAGAACAAAGUAGGUGGUUGUGUGAUAGCUGUGAGGAACGAUUACAAGAACCUGGUGGAGGAAUUUGGCUCAACGUCGUCUAGAUGCGCCUUUUUACGACUGCGGGAUCGCGGAGGACGUAAACUCUGGAUCGUAAAUGCUCACGCACCUACGGAAACCGCUGAGGACAACAGUAAGGACGCCUUCUACGAUGAACUCAAUGCGUUGAUGUCUAAAAUACCAAGCCAGCGAGUGGUCAUUGUCGGAAUCGACGCAAAUGCGAAGAUGGGACUCGAACAGCAAUCCGAUGUGCUAGGAAAAUGGUACUAUGCAACGGAGCGCACGUCGGACAACGGUGACCGUUUGGUCGACUUGUGCGAACAGACGGGCCUCAUCAUCGCUUCCACGUUUAAGAGGAAUCAUCGACGCCAUCAGCUCACGUGGCAGGAGUCAACCCUUUUGACGCCUGAAGAGCAGCGCAAGCGGAAGAUGAGGACUCUUAAACUUCAGCUCGACUACGUUCUGGCGAGGAACAUUCCUCAGUCAGAUAUCCGAAAAUCUAGAGCUGUUUGGGACGUCGCGUUCGACUCUGACCACCGUCCAGUUCUUCUCAGCUUCAAGAUACGGUUCCACAAGAGAAACAGAGGAGUUCCUCUUCAACCGAAAAUCGACUUGGCAGGUCUGAAAGACGAUGAAUGCAGAAGAAAAUUCCGCCAACGUGUGUCUAUUCAUGUUGGAGCACGGACCAGGAAGAAGCUUAGCGAUGCGGAUUUCUUCACAAAGUACAUCCAGGACGCCGCAAGGGAAAUGCUCCUGGUUCUAUUGCCGCGGAAGAAGUUUGCCUUUGGAUCUGCGGAAACAACAUCCACAUACAAUUCUGUAUGUGUCGCGCGCAGCGCUGGUGACUUCAACCAGGAAAAGCGUCUUAGAAGGAAGGUGCGUCGUCAACAAGACCGCGAUAACGAAUGGACGUCAAGAGCGAUGGAGUUUGAGAAGGCGUGGGAGGGCAGGAACCCGCGGAAAGCCUAUGCUCUACUAAAACAAUAUAGCGGCAAAAUGAAAAGAUCCUGUCCUCAACACUGCCAAUGGGGAGGAGCCACCGACCGAGUCGGAGGUUCUAGUCUGUAUUCAAAAAACGAAGAAUGGAAAAUCUGGCGGAGACGAGGGGUUAUCGCAGAAAUGCUAAAAUAUCUUCCUCCGUCUGGGAUUCGUGAGAUGACAAAGAUCAUCCGUUCAAUAUGGAUAGACGAAAGGAUACCUGAUUCGUGGAGACACGCUAUCAUAAUUCCCCUCCACAAGAAGUUAUCCGUCACGGACCCCAGGGAUUAUCGAGGAAUCUCUUUGCUGCGUGUUAUGUACAAGGUAUUGGAGCGCAUUAUCCUGGACCGACUCAUUAAACAUCGCGAAGAAACAACGCGCGACGAGCGAGCUGGCUUUCGUCCUGGCCGAUCUACGAUUGACCAGGUGUUCAUCGUCAGGAGAGUGAUCGAAAUCUGGCAGCGGUAUUCGAAGCCAAUGCAACUCGCGUUUCUGGACUUUGAAGUCGCGUUCGACUCUCCUCACCGAUGCCUUCUUCUCAACGCACUCCGCGCCGAUGGAAUACCAGGAACGUUCGUUCGCUUGCUUGAUGACAUGAAUCAACGAACAACUGCUGCAGUUCGAACACCAGCCGGAUGUACAACACCGUUUGAAGUGGUAACUAGAGUAAGACAAGGGGCAGUGGCAGGACCUUUCCUGUUCAAUUUCGCAAUCGACAUUAAGCGAAGAACAGUCUACCAGUGUCCUGGCGACAUUGUCUUAGCACCAUCUGGGUGCCCCUUGACUGACCUCGAGUACGCCGACGAUGUUGUUAUAUUCGCGGAAAGCAGUACGAAACUUCAACAUGUUGUCAACCUUGUAUCUAAGCUGGCUGCAGCCUACGGACUACGCCCACGCCCUGAUAAAUGCAAGCAGAUGUGGAUCUCUUCGAGACCACGAACGGGAAUCAGGGUGGACGGACAACCGAUAGAACUCGUCGAUGAGUUCCGUUACCUAGGCUGUACGCUGAAGAACAAUGGCAGCUACGAGAGAGAUGUCCAGCAAAGAUGUGCUAAGGCCACUUCUGCAUUUAACUCCUUAACGAAAUGCCAGUGGUCGGACCCCAUCACCAACGAAGUCAAGCUGCGAGUCUACCUAACCGCAAUUCGCCCCAUCAUUAUGUACGGAUCGGAGACUUGGGCAGCACCACCAACGGUUAUGGAGAGGCUUGACUGCACGGAACGAAAGAUGCUUAGACGGCUAUUUGGCUACUUUUGGCCUAGGACGAUGAAGCCCUGGUCAAGAGACCCCGAAGAAGAAGGAAAAUCCAUACGAAUUAUUGGGUCUACUAAAUAA